CAGUCUCUAACCAUCCUGAGUAGCUGUUCGCCCCAAGCACUCGGGAAGAGGACAUAUCACGAACAGCACUUUUUCUGUGCCGAGUGUGGCGAUCCCUUCUUGGCUCCAAGGCAAACCAGGAAGACCAAAGUACUAGCAAAUGGACUGUUAGAAGUGGUUGAUCAAGACGACGAAAUGCAAGAAGUGCAGGAAGAGUAUCCGGCCGGGGGACCAAGCUAUCGAAGCAAUGAAUGGGAAGUGGUGUUGGAAUUGUUUCACAUGCUCG